AGUUAACAUGGCUUCGAAAAGAGAGGUCGAGAGCUGGACCGAGGAGGCAAUUUGUUCCAUCUGCCUGGAUUUCUUCACCGAUCCGGUUAUACUGGAGUGUGGGCACAACUUCUGUCGCUCUUGUAUAACACAGUGUUGGGAAAGGGAGGAGAGAAACUCCUGCCCCGAAUGUAGCGAGGUGUUUGCAGACCGCAUCCUCAGGGUGAAUCGGGCCUUAGUAAGUCUGGCUGAAAAAGCUCGAAAUAUAAACCUGAAUCCGAAAGGGAAGGAAAUAAAACUUCACUGCGAGGAACAUGAGGAAGAACUGAAGCUGUUUUGUGAAACGGACAAGACACUGAACUGUCUGAUCUGUAUAGUCGCGCAGGAACACAGAGAACACCGUUUCAUGCCGAUUAAAGAAGCUGUUAAAUUAUAUAAGGAUCAGCUAAAAUCUUCCGUAGACUCUCUCACAAAAAAGAAAUCAAUCUUCCAGGAAAAGGAGCAGAAACAGGAAGAGAAGAUUUCUGGAGUUCGGAAACAGUCACACAGCGUUCAGUCCCACAUCACAUCCCAGUUUGCUGAACUGCGCCAGAUUAUCACUGAGAAAGAACAGAGCUUACUCAGGGAUCUCAGGAAGGAAGAGGAGAAGAUUAUAAAUCGAAUGGAGAAAAAUCGUCGAGAGAUUCAAGAGAAUAUAAGGAUUAUUCAGGAGGAUAUCACAAAGUUAAACGGACACAUGGAUCAAAAAGACAGUGUGAUAUUUCUCAAGGAGAGAAGUCGUCAGAACAUAAGGAGUAAUGAUGAUGUCCAGGAAUUGUCAGUGACAGAUGAAGCCCUACCGGUUGAAAAAUUCUAUCACCCCUAUUUUUUGAACAGAGUUCUGAAAGAAACACUUGCUGCCAUUAAUCGAGUCUCUGUCACCCUGGAUGUGGAAACAGCACAUCCGGAGCUCGAGGUGUCUGAAGAUCGGAAGAGUGUGAGACGGACCGGGAAAUGGAGGGAUAUCCCUGACACCAGGAAGAGAUUCACGAACCGGGCUCGUGUGCUGGGAUUGGAGGGAUUCAGGUCGGGGAGACAUUACUGGGAGGUGGUGGUGGCGGGAAAUCGGGUAUGGGGUCUGGGUGUUGCCGCAGAGUCUGUGGAGAGGAAGGGAGAGGUCAGUCUGAGUCCGGAGACCGGAUUCUGGGUCAUCAGGCGUGUUGAUGACGUGUUACAUCGGAAUUAUGACGUGUGCAGUAUUCUCACCUCCCCGGAAUCUCGUCUCCCUGCCGGUCCCAUCCCCGGGAGGGUGGGAGUUUAUCUCAGUUACGAGUCUGGGACAGUUUCAUUUUACAACGCAGAGACCAAGUCCCAUCUCCACACCUUCACUGGGAAUAGAUUCACGGAGAAACUUUAUCCUUUUUUUUGGCCUUGGGAUGGAAACCAGUGGCUGAGAAUCUGCUCCGGAUCCGCACCAGGUCUGUAAAUGGGUCGCGGGACUGGUGUCAAGAGUAAAGUCCCUCUAACUAUAAAUGUGCAGAGAGUGAAAUAAACAGGAGAUGAGAAUUAUCGGUCCAUUAAAUUUUAACUUGGUCACACGUCCGACAAUAGAAGAAAAACACUCUGAAUUCAGCAGCAGCCACGGGGCGGCGGGUUCUGAGCUCUCCCGGGUCCCAAAGUCCACCGGCACUGAGCCAGGUGAAGUGGGGCAAGUGAGGAUUGGAAAAGGGGGGUCAGCGUGAAUAUUGGUAAGACCAUAAGACAAAGGAGCAGAAUUAGGCCAUUCAGCCCAUCAUCUCUCACCUGUCAUUCCAUGACAGCUGAUCCCAUAUCCCACUCAAUCCCAUACACCUAUCUUCUCUCCAUAUCCUCUGAUGGUCUGAUCGAACAGGAGAUGAUCAGAUUCCACUUUACAUCUGUCAUCGCAGACUGUGCCAGAGUAUUCCACAGGUUUACUACUCUCUGGAUAAACAUAUACCUCCUUACGUCCAUUCAAAAUGAUUUCCCCUCAAUGUGGAGUUUGUGCCUUCUAGUCUGGAUAUCCCCACUACAUGAAACAACUUCUUCUCAUCCACUCCAUCUAGUCCUUUCAACACUCGGUAGGUGUCAAUGAGAUUCCCUUUUCUUUUCAGAGAUACGUGACCGAAAAUGUUGACAGAAUUCCAAAUACGGCCUGAUUUGUGUCUUAUAAAGACUUGGCAUUAUCUCCUGUCAUAAAUAUUCUAUCCCCCUUCAAAGAAAAGCCAACAUUGUAUUCUUCUGCCAUUUGAACUUCUUCUGUGGGACAUGUCUACCGUGUGCCUUGUAAACUAUUCUCAGAUACUUCAGCCACUUCUGCUCAGCCAUCAUCCCCGCAGUAUCCUCCUCCCCUUCCCCUUUAAUGGACUGUAAGCAUUUUGAACUUUUGUAGUACUACUUUGAAGAACUGUUUUUGCAACAUCGCUUUAAGACCUGUUUUUGCUUUAUUCCUUUAAGAACUGUUUAAGCUGCCGCGCAGCAGCUGAUUUCCUGUUACGUUAGUUAUUUGUUUACUUUUGGGGGUUUGUUUUUCAGUGUUUAAUAAACGUUUUAUUUGUUAU